GCCCCGCCCCAGCUCGGGCACCGAAGGGCCGGGCAGCCGCACCUCCCAGAAGGGGCGAAGCUGGCGACGCCUUUUUCCUUCCUGAUCUGCGCGCGCAGCCUGCUGUCGCUGUCCGCGCCUGCUCCUGCUCCUCCGCUCCUCCCGCGCGGGGUGCUGAAACAGCCCGGGGAAGUAGAGCGGCCGCCGCGUAGCCCAGCCAGCCGAACGCCGCCGGUGUCCGCAGCCUCGCGCGGCCACAACAUGAAUGCGCGCGGCCUGGUCCUCGGCCUCCUCCUGCUGCUACUGUGUCGGGCGCAGGUGUUUUCACAGUCCUGUGUUUGGUAUGGAGAGUGUGGAGUGGCAUAUGGGGACAAGAGGUACAAUUGCGAAUAUUCUGGCUCACCAAAACCACUGCCAAAGGAUGGAUAUGACUUAGUGCAGGAACUCUGUCCAGGAUUCUUCUUUGGCAAUGUCAGUCUCUGUUGUGAUGUUCAGCAGCUUCAGACACUGAAAGACAACCUGCAGCUGCCUCUACAGUUUCUGUCCAGAUGUCCAUCCUGUUUUUAUAACCUACUGAACCUGUUUUGUGAGCUGACAUGUAGCCCUCGACAGAGUCAGUUUUUGAAUGUUACAGCAACUGAAGAUUAUGUUGAUCCUGUUACAAACCAGACAAAAACAAAUGUGAAAGAGUUACAGUACUAUGUUGGACAGAGUUUUGCCAACGCAAUGUACAAUGCCUGCCGGGAUGUGGAGGCCCCCUCAAGUAAUGACAAGGCCCUGGGACUUCUGUGUGGGAAGGAUGUUGAUGCCUGUAAUGCCACCAACUGGAUUGAAUACAUGUUCAAUAAGGACAACGGACAGGCACCUUUCACUAUCACUCCCGUGUUUUCAGAUUUUCCAGUCCAUGGGAUGGAGCCCAUGAAUAAUGCCACCAAAGGCUGUGACGAGUCUGUGGAUGAGGCUACAGCGCCAUGUAGCUGCCAGGACUGCUCUAUUGUAUGUGGCCCCAAGCCUCAGCCCCCACCCCCUCCUGCUCCCUGGACGAUCCUCGGCCUGGACGCCAUGUAUGUCAUCAUGUGGAUCACCUACAUGGCGUUUUUACUUGUGUUUUUUGGAGCAUUUUUUGCAGUGUGGUGCUACAGAAAGCGGUACUUUGUCUCUGAGUACACUCCCAUUGAUAGCAAUAUAGCUUUUUCUGUUAACGCAAGUGACAAAGGAGAGGUGUCCUGCUGCGACCCGGUCAGUGCAGCAUUUGAGGGCUGCUUGAGGCGGCUGUUCACACGCUGGGGGUCUUUCUGCGUCCGAAACCCUGGCUGCGUCAUUUCCUUCUCGCUGGUCUUCACUGCUGUGUGUUCUUCAGGCCUGGUGUUUGUCCGGGUCACAACCAAUCCAAUUGACCUCUGGUCAGCCCCCAGCAGCCAGGCUCGCCUGGAAAAAGAGUACUUUGAUCAGCACUUUGGGCCUUUCUUCCGGACAGAGCAGCUCAUCAUCCAGGCCCCCCUAACCGACAAACACAUUUAUCAGCCGUACCCUUCAGGAGCCGAUGUGCCCUUUGGACCUCCACUUGACAUACAGAUACUGCACCAGGUUCUUGACUUACAAAUAGCCAUCGAAAACAUUACUGCCUCUUAUAACAAUGAGACUGUGACACUUCAAGACAUCUGCUUGGCUCCUCUCGCACCGUAUAACACGAACUGCACCAUUAUGAGUGUGUUAAAUUACUUCCAGAACAGCCACUCCGUGCUGGACCACAAGAAAGGGGAUGACUUCUUUGUGUACGCCGAUUACCACACGCACUUUCUGUACUGUGUACGGGCUCCGGCCUCUCUGAAUGAUACAAGUUUGCUCCAUGAUCCUUGUCUGGGUACAUUUGGUGGACCAGUGUUCCCGUGGCUUGUGUUGGGAGGCUAUGAUGAUCAAAACUACAAUAACGCCACUGCCCUUGUGAUUACCUUCCCUGUGCGUAAUUACUAUAAUGAUACAGAGAAGCUCCAGAGGGCCCAGGCCUGGGAAAAAGAGUUUAUUAAUUUUGUGAAAAACUACAAGAAUUCCAAUCUGACCAUUUCCUUCACUGCUGAACGAAGUAUUGAAGAUGAACUAAAUCGUGAAAGUAACAGUGAUAUCUUCACUGUUGUAAUUAGCUAUGCCAUCAUGUUUCUAUAUAUUUCCCUAGCCUUGGGGCACAUCGAAAGCUGUCAAAGGCUUCUGGUGGAUUCGAAGGUCUCACUAGGCAUUGCAGGCAUCCUGAUCGUGCUGAGCUCGGUGGCUUGCUCCUUGGGCGUCUUCAGCUACAUUGGGUUCCCCUUGACCCUCAUUGUGAUUGAAGUCAUCCCGUUCCUGGUACUGGCUGUUGGAGUGGACAACAUCUUCAUUUUGGUGCAGGCCUACCAGAGAGAUGAACGUCUUCAAGGGGAAACCCUGGAUCAGCAGCUGGGCAGGGUCCUAGGAGAAGUGGCCCCCAGUAUGUUCCUGUCAUCCUUUUCUGAGACUGUAGCAUUUUUCUUAGGAGCACUGUCCAUGAUGCCAGCCGUACACACAUUCUCUCUGUUUGCGGGAUUGGCCGUCCUCAUUGACUUUCUUCUGCAGAUUACCUGUUUCGUGAGUCUCUUGGGAUUAGACAUUAAACGUCAAGAGAAAAAUCGGCUAGACAUCUUUUGCUGCCUCAAAGGUGCUGAAGAUGGAACAAGUGUCCAGGCCUCAGAGAGCUGUUUGUUUCGCUUCUUCAAAAACUCCUAUGCUCCACUUCUGCUAAAGGACUGGAUGAGACCGAUUGUGAUAGCAGUAUUUGUGGGUGUUCUGUCAUUCAGCAUUGCAGUCCUGAACAAAGUAGAUAUUGGAUUGGAUCAGUCUCUUUCAAUGCCAGAUGACUCCUACGUGGUGGAUUAUUUCAAAUCCAUCAGUCAGUACCUGCAUGCGGGUCCGCCUGUGUACUUUGUCCUGGAGGAAGGGCACGACUACACUUCUCCAAAGGGGCAGAACAUGGUGUGCGGUGGCAUGGGCUGCAACAAUGAUUCUCUGGUGCAGCAGAUAUUUAACGCGGCACAGCUGGACAACUAUACCCGAAUAGGCUUCGCCCCCUCGUCCUGGAUUGACGAUUAUUUCGACUGGGUGAAGCCGCAGUCAUCUUGCUGUCGAGUGGACAAUAUCACUGACCAGUUCUGCAAUGCUUCAGUGGUCGACCCUGCCUGCAUCCGCUGCAGGCCUCUGACUGCAGAGGGAAAACAGAGGCCUCAGGGUAGAGACUUCCUGAGAUUCCUGCCCAUGUUCCUUUCGGAUAAUCCUAACCCCAAGUGUGGCAAAGGGGGACAUGCUGCCUAUAGUUCUGCAGUUAACAUCCUCAGCAACGGCACCGGGGUCGGAGCCACAUACUUCAUGACCUACCACACAGUGCUGCAGACCUCUGCUGACUUUAUUGACGCUCUGAAGAAAGCACGACUUAUAGCCAGUAACAUCACUGAAACCAUGGGCAUUAAUGGCAGUGCUUACCGGGUGUUUCCCUACAGUGUGUUUUAUGUCUUCUACGAACAGUACCUGACCAUCAUUGACGACACUGUCUUCAACCUCGGCGUGUCCCUGGGCGCCAUAUUUCUGGUAACCAUGGUCCUCCUGGGCUGUGAGCUGUGGUCCGCUGUCAUCAUGUGCACCACCAUCGCCAUGGUCUUGGUCAACAUGUUUGGAGUUAUGUGGCUCUGGGGCAUCAGUCUGAACGCUGUGUCCUUGGUCAACCUGGUGAUGAGCUGUGGCAUCUCCGUGGAGUUUUGCAGCCACAUAACCAGAGCGUUCACGGUGAGCACGAAGGGCAGCCGUGUGGACCGCGCAGAAGAGGCACUCGCCCACAUGGGCAGCUCUGUAUUCAGUGGAAUCACACUUACAAAAUUUGGAGGGAUUGUGGUGUUGGCUUUUGCCAAAUCUCAAAUUUUCCAGAUAUUCUACUUCAGGAUGUACUUGGCUAUGGUCUUACUGGGAGCCACACAUGGAUUAAUAUUUCUCCCUGUCUUACUCAGUUACAUAGGGCCAUCAGUAAAUAAAGCCAAAAGUCAUGCCACUGAAGAGCGAUACAAAGGAACAGAGCGCGAACGGCUUCUAAACUUCUAGCCCUCUCACAGGGCACGCUGACUGAACUGUGUCUAAGGGUCGGUCGGUUUACCACUGGACGGGCGCUGCAUCGGUAAGGCCAAGUUGAACACCGGAUGGCGCCAACCACCAGGCUAUUUGGCAGCAGCUUUGAACAUAGCGCCUGUGAACUCAGGAAUGCACAGUUGACUUGGGAAGCAGUAUUACUAAAUCUGGAGGCAACCACAGGACACUAAACUUCUCCCCGCUUCUUCAGGAAAGAAACCUCAUUCUUUAGCAAGCAGGAGGUGACACUAGAUGACUGUGAAUGUGAUCUGCUCACUGACAGACACUUUGUAAAGGCCAAUCAAUGCACUGUCUCUCCUUUUAGGAGCAAGCCAUCCCACAAGUUCUAUACCACAUUUUUAGUGAAAUUUGAGGUUGUAGAUACACUUUAUUAUAACAUUUUAUAGUUUAAAGAGCUUUAUUAAUGCAAUAAAUUAACUUUGUACACAUUUUUAUAUAUUAAAAAAAAAAACCAGCAAGUGAGUUCAGAAUGUUGUAGGCCUCAUUAGAGCUUGGUCUCCAAAAAUCUGUUUGAAAAAAGCAACAUGUUCUUCACAGUGUUCCCCUAGAAAGGAAGAGAUUUAAUCGCCAGUUAGAUGUGGCACGAACAAGGGAAAAAUAAAGUAGGUGUGUCUACUGGGUUUUAACUUAUUUUUCUUUAAUAAAAUACAUUGGUUUCCUAA